AACGGCUCGCGGCGCGAGAAUUCGUGAUAGAUCGUUUCUUCGUGAUUCCUAUCGAAACGUGAGCGAGCGCCGAUUUCUUUUUUAAUACCCUACUAUCCCCCGAUCGUUUUCGACUGAUUUUUCCGUUUUUAACUGUGUGCCUACUGAUAAACGCGAAUGACCCCGUGCACGAUCUAUAAGUCAAGAGGUCAUGAGAUCGCGAGCGUCGAAGGAAUCUUCGAGUUUCAAGGUCUCACAUCUCGAGACGUAAUAAUGUCGAGCAGACCCAUCGUAAUUUGAUACCCUCUUCUCGAGUUCGAGGCCGUGAAUAUUCUUUUUUAAUUCAUAAUAUAAAUAAAUUCGGAUACAUUUUGAUGGUUUGACGAUUAGCAAUGUUCCGGCUCGUCUGCUCCGUUAAAAAAUAUUAUGACCUGUUUUCACACCAACAAGCUUAUUAAAAUAUGAUUCAUUUCAGAUAUUAUUUAUGAGAAAUAAUUUCAUGUCGAUACUGCUUAAUUUUAGUCAUUACCACCUGUUGACACUCGUAAACACUCGUCGCAAUAUAUUGCAAAUUUUCAGCUAGAAUAUGCUAAACUUGUUUCACGCUCUACCCAGCGCAAGCGCAACGAUUCUUUCUCGCCAAUUUCGCGCGAAGAAGUAGCAGACUAAACUUGCCGCAAUGGAUUUUAAAACCGUUCAACGAAAAGCCGAUCAAAAACAAAAAAUUGCCGAAUAACAUUUAAGAUAUCGCGCAAAAGGUACGAAAACUCUAUCAUAAUGAAUGAAGUAAUAUUACCACCAUCGCCGAACUGGUAUUUUAGUAGCAUUCUAGCAUGUGCCAACGAUGGCACUGUGUCUUGGGGUGCAAGAAAUGCCAUCGUAGUGGCAAAGCCUGAUGAAGAAUCUGGAUCGCUCAGUUAUUCUUUUAUUGAUAGAGCUCACACUGACAGAGUAACCACAUUAGCUUUUUCACCUGAAAAAAAAGAUGGCAUUUUACGUUUGGUAUCUGGAGGAGAUGACAAUGUGAUCAAAAUAUGGAAUUUGACCAAUUUGGAGAAGGAACAAGAAAAUACUAGACUUGAUACAACUCACAAAGUGGUUGCAGUUGAUUGGUCUAAAAAUAACAAAGAUUUAAUUGCUUAUGUUAGCGAAAGUCGAUUUUUAGUCAUAUGGAAUGUGAAAUGUGAUACCAGCCAAGUUAUUAAUCUUGGUUUUAAAGUAAAACCAACAUGUUUGAGUUGUUGCCCCCAUGAUAGUUUUAUUGUAUCGAUUGGUAUAACAAGUGGUUUAGUUUAUAUUGUGGAUAUUCGAGGAUCUGGUACCAUCAAAUAUAAAUUAAGAGGGCAUGAUCGUGAUAUAGUUAGUCUUUCAUGGUGUCCUAUACCAGUUAAUGUUUUAGAAGAGGAUAAAAGUACAAGAGAAUAUUUAUUAGCAUCUGGUUCUAAAGACAGACAAAUAUUUAUCUGGAAAGCUGGAACUGAUGGAAGAAAUCAAUUGCAAUUGUCAUUUCCAACAGCUCCUUUAGAAACUACUAGUCACAAAUCUAAAGUAAACUCUUCUUCAGGAAAUUUCACAUCAAUAUUUUGGCUAAAACCUACAAUUUUAUUAUCAAGUUUGCCAUGGGGUGAACUUGUCUCAUGGGAUCUUUCUGGAAAUGUGAAAAAAAGGACACCUGAAUUAAUUCAUGCUAAACAUUCCAAAGGUAUAUUUGCUAUUGCUGCUCCGGUGUAUAACACCAAAGAAACUAAUGAAAAUGGGCAGGUUGAAAAUUGGAGAACUGCUAAUGACAUUAAAUCAAUUUGGACUGUAUCACAAGAUCGGCAAAUAAUUUGUUGUAACUUGAUAAAUAAUCAAACAUGUUUUGAUUACAUUAUUACUAGCCAAGGAGGAUUUGUAUACUGUUUAGAUGCAAGUCCUAUCGAUACAAAUCAAAUUGCUUUUGGAGUUGGUGAUUCAGCGAUACGUGUAUGGAAUUUGUCAGAACCAAAUAAAAAUAUAUUGCAACCUCAAAUUUUAUGGGAACAAAUAAAAGGCAAAGUGAGAAGUUUAGCUUGGCAUCCUGAAAAAGAAAAUAUCUUAGCUUUUGCAACUAAUGAAGGUCGUGUAGGAACUUUUGAUAUUUACUCAAAAAAGCCACCUACUUUAUACAAGCAAUAUCAUAGGCAUGUUGUAUAUACUAUUGGCUGGGGUCCAGCUCCAGAUGUUAAUGGUUUUGCAUUAUACUCUUGUGGGGACAAUGAAUUAGUUUAUUAUAAUCCCGAGAAAAAUAAUGAUGUCCCGACAUCCGUUAAGACAAAAGAUUGUACAGAAUUUUGUUGGAAAUCAGAUAAAUCGUUGCUAGCAAUCGGUUUUUCAGAUGGAUCUAUAUCUUUUUACAAUCGUGACUUAUCACAAUGUGGUUCCACAAUGCAUGUAUUAAGUAAACCCAUUCAAGAUUUCAAAUGGCAUCCAAUCAGUACUUUAGCGGAUUCGAAUAUUUCGGAAAUGCAAAAUUAUUUAGCUGUAGCUGUUAAUUCAACUACAAUCACAAUUUUCGAUAUUUCAAUUAACAACUCGGAAGAUGAAUCGGAGAAAUUGACUUUCAAAACCGUUGCAGUGCUAAAUGGACACAGUGAAAAAGUAGUAAGCUUGGCUUGGAGCCCACAUAUAAGUGGUUAUUUAGCAUCUGGAAGCUACGAUCGUACAGUACAAGUCUGGAAAAUUCAUACUUCUGGCGAUCACGAGAUAAUUGCUUCAUACGUUUCACAUUCAGCACCAAUCAAUUGCUGCAUGUGGAGCCCACUAAGUCACGAUUUAAUUAUUACUGGUUCCAUUGAUUUUUCAUUGCGAAUAUGGAGCAUUUCUGCUCAAAAAAAUGUGCUAUCUGAAAUUCCAAAGAUACCUACUAGGGGUAAAAGAACUAAAAAGAAAAAAACCAAAGUAGAAGAAUUGAGUAAAGAUGAUACUAAUGUCGUAAAUAACGAAAAACAAGAACAAAUAAAAUUCAUUACAUCGUCACAAAAUCAAAAAGAAAUUGAUGAAGAUAAUACACAAAGUUUGAGUGAUAGUAAAUCGAUAAAAAAGAAAAAAAUCAAGAAAAUUUCUCAUUUUCCGGGUUAUUCACAAUUAACUCUAGACAGUAAAUUGUGGUGCAAGUCAAUACAACAUUUAUUGAAUUUCCAAAAAUCUGAUAACUGUAUUGAACAAAUUACAAAUGGCUGCGCUAAAAUAGUUGUUCAUGAAGAAAUCCCUCCAAAUGAUUCAACUGAAAUUCCUUAUUUUUUCAGUAGCAAAGAAGAUUUGACAGAAUCCUUAUCACAAGAAAAAAAAAUAUUAGAGCAAAAUGGACACUACAAUAUUUGUACAGAAUUAGAUCACUGGUCUGGAAAUUUAAAAGACAAUCUUCAGAAAGCUCAAAAAGAUAAGCAUUUGAAUGAUUUCAUGGUGUCUCUGGCCCCAUCAAUAUCUACGAAAUUUUGGGAGGAGUUGUGCGAAGCUUAUGCUAACCAACUUGUUUUUGAAGAUAGUCCGCAUAAGGCUGUAUCGUAUUUUCUAAUGAUAAAUAAAUUCGAAGAGGCGGUCAAUGUACUUCGAACAUUUAAACUAUAUAAAGAAUUGUAUGCCCUCAUAACUUUAAGAUUAGAUUCAAAUGACCCUCUCAUCAAAGAAGUCUUGGAUGAAUGGGCAUAUCAAGCGCAAAAAGACGGAGAUUUCCCAAGUGCAAUCGCAUGUCACAUCAAAAUUGGAAAUCUUGAAAAAGCAGCCAACCUUCUUGAUCGACGCAACGAUUUGGAUAGUUUACUUUUAGCAAUAAAUGUUGCCAAGGUAGCGAACAAUCCAGUUUUAACGAAAUCUCUGGCUGAUAAAGCAAUUUCAAAAGCAUUAUCAAAAAAUGAUAUUGAUGCUGCCAAAUCUAUUAUCAAAACGAAUCACCUCAUCAAGUACCGAGAAAUAGAAGUGGAGAUUUUCAAUGAAUUAAAUGAAUUUCAAACGAACGUGGAUAAUAAUGAAAUUUAUAAAUGGCUUAAGGGAGAAGCUACUAAUUUAUCUCUCUUAGAUAAAAUAAGCAAGCAAUUUCCCGAAUGUCCUAAGGAAUAUUCUAGUUUAUCAAAUGUUCAAGAAGUAUCAGAUUCAGAAUCAAAUAUUACAUUGAUUCAAAUUCAGGCGAGUCGUCAAAUUGGUCUGUCAAUUUUAUCCAGUGAGAAGAAGCAAAAGAUCGCUCAUCUUUUGAAAGCUGCAGAUAUAAUAUAUCAGUUUGAAAAAUCGCCUACAGAAGCAAAGCGAUUUCUGUUAAUAAAGUAUCUGUAUGCAUUCGAUACAAGAAAAUUUACAGAUUGCAACAGUAUUUAUAACUAUAACGAAAAUAAAUUCGGUGGGAGUUUACGUGCUUAUUUAUGUUGUGCAUUGGUAAGCUGGUAUGGUCUUGAUAGCCAGCUUACAAGCGAAGAAAAAUCAAAGAUGUUAGAAACUUUGAUUCCCAUUCUUAAAACAUAUGUUGUUGACCUUAUAUCCAAAGAGUCAGUAAUGUAUUGGACGGCCGUUAAUGAAGUCAAAACACUCGAUGGAGAAUUAUCUUCAACAAUGGGGAAUUUUAUAAAAUCUUCGGACGAAGCAUUGAAAGAAGUCUCAACUAUUGAAAAAUUAAAUUUAUUAAAAACUACAGUAGCAGCACUUCAAGCAGAGAUAGUAUGUACUCCAAAUCCUAUGUCAAGCUAUGCAGCCAUGAUAGAAUUAAUUAUGGAAAUAAACAUCAAUAGUAUGCAAGCUGACUUACUUAAACUUGUAACAGAUACAAUGGAACAAUCUUACAGCAUGGCUAAGAAUGAAAGUCCAUCAAUUGUAGAAUGAUAAAAUGAAAUUUAUAAUUUUUUUGGAUGAAAAGUAUGUACAGAAGUUGUAUAUAAAAAUUUUUUCUAAUAA